UAACAAUGCAAUUUUCAGUCUGUAGUGCGCGUAGAAUAAGUUUCAGUUAAACUUUGAUAGCCAAAUAGUGUGGAAUUACUAUUUAAAAAGCAUUAAAAUGCGUGUCGGCACCAAGGCCAAAGUGUUCUUUCAUAUUCUAAUAUGGUGCUUUCCAAUGGCUCUAAGCGCGGAGCCCAUCGUGCUUGUGCACGGCGGUGCCGGUUCCAUUUCGGAUGCCCAAUUGCCUGUUGCAUUACAUGGAGUCAAAACGGCAGCACGCGUCGGUUUCGAGACACUCAAAUGUGGCGGCAGUGUGUUGGAUGCCGUGCAGCAGGCGGUACGCUCAAUGGAAAUCAAUCCACAAUUCAAUGCCGGUUAUGGUUCAGUGCUCACUUGGGAGGGCAAAGUAGAAAUGGACGCAGCCAUCAUGAACGGUGAGGAUUUGAAUGCGGGUUGUGUUUCCGUAGUACGCGACAUUUAUCAUCCCGUCGAUUUGGCGCGUCGUGUUAUGGAGAAGACUCGACACAUGUUCCUUUCGGGCGAAGGUGCAAUGCUUUUCGCAGAGGAAGAGAAUUUCGAAAUUCUGCCCGAAGGCGCUUUGGUCACGAAUAAAUCACAGAAAGCACUUGAAGACUAUAAGAACAGUUUGAAUGCUACGACAAAGAAAUUGUGCAAUACCGAUUCGAAUAUUGGAUGCCCUUGUGAUAUACAAGGGGUUCUGUCAUAUUCUGUUCUCAAGAAUUUUCUCAAAGAAUACGGUUCACAAGGAACGGUCGGUGCUGUUGCCAUCGAUGAAUUGGGUAAUUUAGCUGCCGCUACUUCCACGGGUGGCAUAACAGGCAAAAUGCCUGGACGUGUUGGUGAUUCACCAUUACUGGGUGCUGGCACUUAUGCCGAUAACGAAGUGGCCGCCAUAUCGGCUACAGGUCAUGGUGAGACAAUUAUGCGUUACAAUGUCGCCUCACGCAUUUUGGCUCACAUUAAAUAUGAAAAUAUGACGGCAGAAGAAGCGUCAGCUAAGGUUCUGAAGGACAUGACACAACGUUUUGAGCAGGGAGCCGGCAUAAUAAGUAUCGACAAGAGCGGUAAUGUGGGCAUCAACUUUACAACGGCACGCAUGACUUGGGCCUAUCAACGCGGUGAAGAGCUACAUUAUGGUGCUGAUCAGAAUGAAAAUAAUGUCGACAUAGUAGGAGAACCGCGGCUAAGCACUCUGGAUUUGUGUGUUUAAAUCCUUUCGCUGCUGGAGUAAUAUAAGUUGUCUGGUAUUAUUGUUAUAAGCAAAAUUCAAAGCAAUAUUCAAAAAUUUUCUGUAUCUACAAGCAGUGUUUUCAUUUUCUCAUGAGGAUAAUUGUUGUGCAUUUUAUAAUUCAUGUUUAUUUUGUAUGCCGUAUAUAUGACACCAACGCUGGCUAAUGCUUUUGGUUGUAUGUGGCAUACUUUCGGGCGUAUUGUUUCGUAGUGUACCAAUAUGUAGUACAGUACGACUAAAAAAUUGUCAUUUUGUGGCUGCCUGCUGCCCUUUAUGGGCGCCUGGUGUAAUUGGGGAAAAAAUGAAAUUUGCUCUGCCGCACAAUUUCGCUGCCGCUGCUCGCUGUCGCUGCCACUGCUUGUUUUCGCUGUUAGCGCAUAUGUCUUGCAUGUAAAGUGAAGGAAGGCCGUUUUUAACGAAAUUAAUGAAAAAUUUAAUAUUUUUGUAUGCAAUUAAAUAAAAAAUCGAUAAUAGUUAAUUAA